GUCGUUCCAGAUCAACGCAAACGAAGAGGGAUGAGAGAACGUCGGAUCGAAGACUAUCGCGGCUGACCGAGGGAGAGAGAGAGGUCGCCGGACGAAGACCCGGCCGGAGUCGACGGCGGUAAGCAGCACCGCCCGCCACCGUCUUCUCGGCGGAAACCGGCCAUCGCCGCCGCUCACCACCAAGACGCGAGAUCCUCCUUCCGCCGCGACGCCUCCUGCGUCCGUCACCAGCGUCGUCACUGCCACCCUCCUUUUCGCCGGUAACCAGCGUCGCCGCCAAUCCAAGAGAAUAGUUGAGGAAAAUGGAGGAGCAUUAUAUUGAAGACUGCAAAGCUUUGUUAUCUCAAACGAAGCAGCAAGAGAAGGAUCUUCGGCUCAAAAGAAGGUGGUUGAUGGGUGUUAAUUUAUCACGAUGGGAGCAGGAUUGCAUGGAGUCUCUUAAGCCACCCAAUGACAAGUUUGUGCCUGAAUCAGUGCUUAGAGAAGAUGAUUUAAGUUAUGAGAACAUCAGAACAUUUGUUGAAAAGACACUUGGAGUACAUAAUGCUGAAAGAAACCAUCAUGUGACUGAAGAUGAUGAAAUACAACUCUUUGAUUCACCUAAGAAUUUGAAGUAUAUAACCUCCUUACUUGAUGAAAUGACCAAUAAGGGGCUAUUCUGUUUUGCUGAGAUUGUGACGAAUGGUUCUGUUAACUUCCUGAAAACAAAAAAGAAGAUGAGAAAGAUAAUCAAAGAAUUUCUUCCAAAACUACUUGAAUGCCGUGAUGACCAUAGCCAAAUGAAAUUGAAGCAACUGGCUCGACUCCUUGUGGAUCCUCAAAAUUUUUGCCAGAAUGAAAUGGCUCUUUCAAAUCCAUCUCAAUCCUUCCGUGCAGCUUGUAUUGAUGUUAUUGCUAGACUUGAGGAACUUCCAUUCGUAGCACUUAGUGCAAUGUACCGAAAUCUCAGAGGGGUCAAGGGAUACACUCUUAAGUUGCAAGGCAGAAGGUCUGGUUGGAGUCUUGAGAGAUUAGUGAAACAAAUUAGGAGAAAAUCAAUGGAAAUGCUGCAAGAAUUUUGUGAUGGAGAUGAGCCACCAGAACCCUUGGCAAAAGCUUUGGCAGUUGCAUACUUGAUGCUAAAACCAAAACCAAGAACACUGUUACCAAAUGUUUCUCCAGAUAUAGAGGUGCUACAGAGUGAUAUUCUGAAGGCUAUUGAAUUAGUCAAGGAUAAAAGGAAAAUAAGUUACUUAGAGCUGAAGAAGUUGCAGAUUAUGCUGGAUCCAGGUACUGAACCAUCAGAACAAAAUUGUCGUGUGCGUGUGACAAUGAAGAAUUUGUUGACUGAAUAUCUGUUGGAGUGCAUCAAUAUGGACUGUAUACCAAAGAGUUUGCUAGAAACUGUUAGAAUUAUCAACAGGACAUCUCAGGGGUCGGCCCCAAAAACCUUCUCAACUGAGGAAAUACAGGAAGAAAUAAAUUGUUUACUACAUUUGAGUGCUCAGGCAAAGCAGAUAGUCUUGGACUCUCUUCCAGAAAAUGAAUUUGACAAAGAUUUUGCUGAUGCAUACAUGGAGGAUGUUGAAGAAUGUGAUGAAUCUGGUUAUGACAGUCAUGAUAAUAUUUGCAGUUUUAAUCCUGAUGAUCUUGACUGCCAAUCAGAAAGUGUUGGUGAGAUCAGCCCAGUUGAUUCUAAAUCACCAGUCUCUUCUAGUCGAGCUGAAAACUUGACUCCACUUUUUUCACCAAAUAAAAAGUUAAGUGUCAAACUUGAAUCAAUGAACAUUACUGAAAAAAACUCACUAGAGUCUCGUGCAUUUCUUCAUUCUUCAAAAAAUUUUGACGACACUAGCAGUAUAGAUGAAAAUGGGGAUCAAGCAGGAAGUACAGGCCAACAAAGGAAAUCUUGUUCUCAUAUUAAUAAAUAUGGAUUUUCCACAAUAUCCUCUGCUAAUGGACUAUCAGGAAGGAGUAAUGAUGGACUGAAAGAACCAAAAACAGAGUUCGGAUACAAGCCAACAUUUGCAUCUUCUAACUUUUUACAGGCAGAUACCACGGUAGUAAAUGAUAAUAAAAGCAAUUUUGAGAAUCAGUACCUCAUUAUCCAAGAAGCUUGUGAUGAAACAAGUAUGUUUGCUUAUUCAUUUGUUGAUCAAGUUUUGAGUGAGUUGGCAAGGUUAGACAGAUUAGAGAUGCCUAAGGAUCACAUGUCAAAUCUCCAAGCUGAUGCAUUGGGCCUCAAAAAUUCCAAAGGUCCAACAAGGAGGCAUACUUUUGGCGAAGAUGGUGUAGGGUCAGUUAUGGUCAAUGUACUUGAAGUUCUAAUGCCUUCAUUUCCUAGCAGAGAGAAAGAGGAACUGAAAGUGCUGAUGGGCAUAUAGAGACCAAUUAGAAGCGUAGUUAUUGUGGAAGUUGGUAAACAUCAGAAACCCUUCAACAGGCUAUCUUUGGCACGAUACAUUAAAGUUAAAUCUGGGUUGGAGUGUUGGUUGCUGUUAACCAAAGCAAUCCAGGGAAAAUUCUUGCAUAGAGCCUGGCUCUGAGCACUGCAAUCACCUUAAAUCAAGCUUCUUUUGGGUGAAAACAAAAUUUUGGCUACCCCUCAUGCAAGUGCUGCACUGGAGUAAGCUUCUGGGAGUUUUCUGUUUUAUAUUUGGUGAAAGUGCUUCAGGCUUCAGCAGAUAAACAUAGAAGCAAGAGAACCACUGAAGCAGUGGGGACUAAUUAACAUUUCCUGGGUGACCAUGUCUGGAGAAAUUGAACAGAAGACCAGUUUGCACUCAAGAUAGAAAUGCUGUUGAAGAGAAGAACCAGCCAAAGUCGCUACUGCUCAUAAAUUAAACAUUUUUUGAAAAACAAUUCUGCUACUUGGGGACUGCAAUGUAGUCUGCUAUUAGAAAUAUGGUAACAUCUGGUUUUAGCAGUCUAGAUUGCUUAGUACUCCCAAGUUGCUAGCGGUUAAGUGGCAACCUAACCUCGCCUCACCAGUUGCCAGUAAAGGUUUCUCAUAUCCGGUUUGAGUCGGCUAUUUACUUAGGCGGUCUCUUCUUUUUGAACAAUGUUAGUCUCUCCUUUGUUUGAUUUUUUUUAGGUUUGUCUGUGUAGUUGUUCUUGGGUAUUCAAUAUAUAUAUAUAACCUUUAACC